UUGAUUGCAAACACGGAAAUCCAGACGGAAAAGAAGCCAACAGAAUUCUGCUUGUUAAGACAAAAUUUAAAAAAGACAAAAAAAGCAGACAUUACACUUCAAAUAUCUAGAAUAUUUAUUUAUUUUUUUGUCCUUUUUAUGGAUUUGCUGCAGCUUUUAUCAUGGGCGUGCAUCGUGUUCACACUGGGGAUGUUCUCGACUGGAUUAGUCGACCUAAACAAGAUGCAAACAUCCAAGAGCACAGACAACAUCCAAUUUCUGCCUUUCCUCACCACAUGUGUCAAUAACCUCGGAUGGUUAUGCUAUGGGAUGCUGAAGAGAGACCGUACACUUAUUGUGGUCAAUCUCAUUGGCGCUUUACUGCAGGCCCUCUACAUCAUCGUAUACUUGAAGUACACAAAACAAAAGAGAAAGGUACUGUUACGAAUAGUUGCAGUCGGAGUGGUGGCGACCAGCGCUGGGUUGUACUUCACGUUGUUUCUCCCUCCGGGCGACGUGCAACUCAACCAGCUCGGCCUCGUCUGUAGCGUGGCCACUGUCAGCGUGUACCUGUCACCGCUUGCCGACCUGGUGGCCAUAGUGCGUAGUGGUAACGUGGCGCGCUUGUCCUUCCCUUUGACAGUGGCCACGUUCUUCACCUCCACUUCCUGGUUCUUCUACGGCUUCCAGUUGAACGAUAAUUAUAUCAUGCUCCCUAACCUUCCUGGAAUCUUCACAAGCGUCAUCAGAUUUUACUUGUUUUGGAGAUAUGCCUCCGUCAGCCCUUCCUAUAAGUCCAUGCUGAUAUGACCACAUCAUACACAGUAAUGUGCAUGUGACACUAAGAGUAAGCAAUAAUGUCGACAUGUCAUAAAGUUACAUGAAAAACAUUUAUUUUCCAAGGAUGUAUUCAAGAAUACAUAGGAAAGAAAAAAUCUUCAGGAGUGGUUUUUUAAAAAUGUUUAAAAAAUUUUUUAUAAAUAAAACUUCCCUUCAAGUGCCUUCUUUUGGGUACGAGGGAGUACUAGGGACACACUGAAAAGAAAGUUUCACAGUAAACAUGAGAAAAGGAAAAACCUGUUACGGGAAUAAUGUCACAAUGUUACGAGAACCUUGAGAAAAAGAUGGAAUCUCACAAGAUGUCAUAUUACCAGUAGAAAAAAAUAGCCAUAGUCUUAUGAAAAUAAGGUGUACAUUUUAACAAAUGAAUGCCAAUUCUCACGCAAAUUUCAUACUUAAUGUAAAAUUAUGACUUUCUUCCAGUUUCUGUAAAGUUAAAAUAAAUAGCAGUAUAGCUUGUCAAUUUGACACACCACUAAGAAGAGUGUUGUUAACAACCCUGUCAUAUUUAAAUGAUUUACAAAAUUGUCAGGUAUAUAAAAUGUCUUGUGACACUUCAAAAUCUUGAAGAAUCAGGCCAUUCGUUCAGCGUCUCCACUGAAUGUUUGAGCUGCGAAAAUAUAUCUACUUAAAGCCUGUGGUGGCUGGAAUACAUCCCAGCGAGUCGUUGAAGGGCUUUCUGCACCCUGACGAGAGGCUAGCCAUCAGCUAGCUCGGGAGCUAACGGGCUACCGGAGCCUCCUCGGAGCUGACACUUCAGUGAAAGUCAGCCGUUUAUUAACACAGCGGCACACGUUAGCCUGUGGCUCACACAAAAUGACAGACGUUUGAGCACAUACUUCCUGCUAGUUACAUACUGUGUCUACCCACAAUGCUUUGCGUAACACAAAAUACAAAACACAUGGGAAUUUAAAUAACGACACCAAGCUUUUCUGUGCAACCCCAAUUCCAAUGAAGUUGGGACGUUGUGUUAAGCAUAAAUACAAGCAGAAUACAAUGAUUUGCAAAUAAUGUUCAACCUAUAUUUAAUUGAAUACACUACAAAGACAAGAUAUUUAAUGUUCAAACUGAUAAACCUUUUUGUUUUUAGCAAAUAAUCAUUCACUUAGAAUUUUAUGGCUGUAACACGUUCCAAAAAAGCUGGGACAGGUGGAAAAAGAGACUGAGAAAGUUGAGGAAUGCUCAUCAAACACCUGUUUGGAACAUCACACAGGUGAACAGGCUAAUUGGGAACAGGUGGGUGCCAUGAUUGGGUAUAAAAGGAGCUUCCAUGAAUUGCUCAGUCAUUCACAAGCAAAGAUGGGGCGAGGUUCUCUUUUUAUUUAUGUUUAACACAACAUCCCAACGAGCAGCACGGUGGGCGACUGCUUAGAGCGUCAGCCUCACAGUUCUGCGGGCCGGGGUUCAAUCCUGUGUGGAGUUUGCAUGUUCUUCCCGUACCUGCGUGGGUUUUCUCCGGGCACUCCGGUUUCCUCGAACAUCCCAAAAACAUGCAGUAAUUGGAGACUCUAAAUUGUCCGUAGGUGUGACUGUGAAUGCGAAUUGUUGUUUGUUUGUUUGUGCCCUGCGAUUGGCUGGCAACCAGUUCAGGGUGUACCCCGCCUCCUGCCCGAUGAUAGCUGGGAUAGGCUCCAGCACCCCCUGCGACCCUCGUGAGGAUAAGCGGUUCAGAAAAUGGAUGGAUGGAUGGAUAUUUUUCAGCAAUAUCUGAAUUUGCACAUUCAUAUUUUAUUUAGUUAUUUUUAUUUUAUUUGACGUUCAUGCUCUGAUUUACUCAGUACGUGAGUAGUUUUUUUUCACUCAGUACUUUCUUACUCUUAGCAAGAGUUUUGUUUGGAGGGCUACUUUUUACUUUUACUUGAGUCAUAUUAUUCUAAAGUAACAGUACUCUUACUUACAGGGAGAAAAUGGAAAAUGUUGUUUGCUUCACUUUGGCCUCCAACUGUAACAACUGUAACACCAAUUCACAUAAGAGAACUACAGGGUUGCCACUCACCGCAGUACAUAAUAAUAGAAUAUCAUUUUUAAAAAUUACAGGAGGAGGGAAUGCUUUGCAAUAAUGUAUUGUAGCAAACCUGCAGUUGUGUUAUGUAGAUUCUUGCAAGUUUCAUCAGAUCCAACUGUCUGUGAGACCAUGAAAGUGUCUGUGAUUUGUGAUUGGAUGAGUGAGUCGGGUGUGUGGCCAGUGGAAGGAGGAAGACAAAUGUGAGCAUGUAUCUGCAGGACGGCGCAUGACAGUUUAGAGAACUUCAAGUUGAAUGUUAUAUUUGAUGACAUUAACGGUACAUUUUUACAAUAAUAACAUCCCAACUUCAUUGGAAUUGGGGUUGUAAAUUGUGGCGUCCAUGCAAGAUGCCCUUUCAGGGUGUAGCCAUAGUUAGCUUGCUAACUGCACGCUGUAGCAGUGGAAAUUAUAUACAAGGUACAUUUCAAUAAAUUAGAAUUGUGUCAAAAGCUUAAUUUGGUAAGGUAGUUCAAUUCAUUCAUUCACAAUCAAUAAACUGUGAAAAUAAUUUUUAAUUUAGAAAUUCUCUAAAAAAGCAUUUUCCCAAGUGUUGAAUGAAUGUAUAUGCAUGAGGACUGAAAUAUAUAUAUAUUUUGUUUUCUUUUUUUUUUUUUAAUC